AUGGUGGAAAAGCCGUAUCUCUUGACCGCCACUCAAGUGCGGGAUAUACUCCAGAAGAACACGAUCACUGUCGAGGAAUACGCCCAUUCUCUCUUAGCACGCAUUGAGGAACGGGACUGCAUUGUCAAAGCAUGGGCAUUUCUAGAUCCCGCAUUUGUACUCAGUCAAGCUCGUGAGCUAGAUUGGAUUCCCCAAGACCAGAGAGGGCCGCUGCAUGGGCUAGUAAUUGGCAUCAAAGAUAUAAUGAAUACUAAAGGUGAGUCCAUAAGCGACAAAACAUACACGAAACAGCAUAAAGAGAAUGGCCUUUGGGAAACAAAAGAAACAUCGCAGCAAAAAUAG